UGGACAGGCCCCGCCCUUCCGCGCCCGCAGCGAGGCAGCCCCUCCCGCGCUCCAGGCUGCGCUCCUUCCCUGACCGCGCUGGAGGCCCGGCCGCUGUGGCCAUGGGGCAGAUGCUGCUGCCCGCCUGGCUGCAGCCCAGGUAUAGAAAGGAUGCCUAUCUUUUCAUUUACUACUUAAUCCAGUUCUGUGGCCAUUCAUGGAUAUUUACAAAUAUGACAGUCAGAUUCUUUUCAUUUGGAAAAGACUCAAUGGUUGACACUUUUUAUGCUAUUGGACUUGUGAUGCGACUUUGCCAAUCCAUUUCCCUCCUGGAGUUACUGCACAUAUUUAUUGGCAUUGAAUCAAACCAUCUUCUUCCUAGAUUUCUGCAGCUCACAGAGAGAAUAAUCAUCCUCUUUGUAGUGAUCACCAGUCAAGAGGAAGUCCAAGAGAAAUAUGUGGUGUGUGUUUUAUUCAUCUUUUGGAAUCUAUUGGAUAUGGUUCGGUACACUUACAGCAUGCUAUCAGUCAUAGGAAUAUCCUAUAAUGUCCUGACAUGGCUCAGUCAAACAAUAUGGAUGCCCAUUUAUCCUUUAUGUGUUCUUGCUGAAGCAUUUGCCAUCUAUCAGUCACUGCCUUACUUCGAAUCACUCGGCACUUACUCCACAAAGCUGCCCUUUGACUUAUCCAUUUAUUUCCCAUACGUGCUGAAAAUAUAUCUUAUGAUGCUUUUUAUAGGUAUGUAUUUUACCUAUAGUCAUCUUUACUCAGAAAGAAAAGGUGUCCUCGGAAUCUUUCCCAUUAAGAAGAAAGUGUGAAGCACAGCAUUUCACUGAGACAUAAGAAAAGAAAGACUUGCAGAUUCAGCUGAAGUAUACAACACAGGAAGCAUUCUGGUGGAAAAUACCUAGUGUUUGACAGAAGCCAACGGCAUGAAAGAACUGUACUCCUCCCCCAAACUCUAGACAUGUCACAGUAGUCUUUGUUUCUCACACAUUAUGUCUUUAAAACAGAAACUGCACAAUCUGCUUUGCCCAAGUUGUGGAGUUGGAUAUAAGUUAAAUUUACUUUG